AUGGCAGAUGAAGCAAACACUUCCCAAAAAAAAUUCUAUUCUGAGACUAUUAUUAAUGACAAUGGUUUUGCUGCUUAUAGAAGACGCAAUGACGGUAAAUCUAUUAAGAAACAAGGAGUACACCUCGACAAUAAAUUCACUGUUCCAUAUAAUAAGGGGUUGUUGUUGAAAUACCAAGCACACAUCAAUGUAGAGUGGUGCAAUUGUUCAAGAUCGAUUAAAUAUCUAUUUAAAUACAUUAACAAAGGACCGGAUAGGACAAGAGCACUUCUACAAGAAAACAUACAAAGUAUAGACAAUUCACCAUCUGAGAAUUCAGAAAUUGUUGAUGAGAUCAAGAUGUAUCUUGAUUGCAGGUACAUAUAUGCUUAUGAAUCAUGUUGGAGGAUUUUUGAGUAUGAUAUUCAUUCCAAAUACCCUACUGUCCUCAAUUUGACUAUACACCUACCUGCAAUGAACAAUAUUAUCUUCAGAGGAGAUGUUGAGAUAGACACGGUGUUGAGACAACCAGGAAUAGAAAAAACAAUGUUGACGGAGUGGUUAUUUACAAAUACAAUUGCUCCUGAUACACGUCAAUUAACAUAUGUUGAAUUCCCAUCUUCUUGGAGGUGGGAUGCAUCGAAAAAAAUAUGGUUUCGCAGAGCAAGGGGUCAUUGUAUUGGUAGAAUAUCAUAUGUUCACCCCUCUGUAGGAGAGUUUUACUAUCUAAGGAUGUUACUUACAUAUGUCAAAGGCCCCACAAGCUUUGCUGAAAUAUGGACAGUAAAUGCCAUUGUUUACCCAACAUUUAAGGAGGCAUGUAAUGCAAUGGGUUUAACAGGAAACGAUCAAGAGUGGCACGAUGCUCUUAACGAAGCUUCAAAUUGGGCUACAUCCCAUGAAUUGAGAACUUUAUUUGUGACUUUACAUCUAUUUUGUGAAGAUCACAUAUUAAAGAUCAAGUACUACUUGAGUUGGAAACACUACUAUCCAAAAAUGCUUAGAGAAGAAGCUGAUAAUAUGUUUAGUAAGUUAAAUGUAGAGCAAAGAACAAUAUAUGAUGUAGUUUUGGCUGUUGUAUAUAGGGAUUGUGGAGGUGUUGCCUCUUUAUUAUUACCAGGAGGAAAGACUGCUCAUUCACCAAUAAAUAUCCUUGAUCAAUCAACCUGCCAUAUCAAGCAAGGAACACAACUUGCUGAACUUUUGAGAAAAACAAGCCUUAUAGUAUGGGAUGAGGCACUUAUGACUCACCACAAAUUCUGCCAGUCGUACCAAAAGGUUCUGAGAUUUGAUACAAUUAAUGCAUGCAUUACUAAAUCUUAUCUGUGGAAACACUACCAAGUAUUUGUAUUGACCCAAAAUAUGAGAUUGUCUACACAGGGACUAUCAACUCAUGAAAGAGAAGAGUUACGUUCAUUUUCAAAAUGGCUGCUAGAUAUUGGUGAGGGAAAGGAACAGGCUUUUAAAAUGAAUAAAGAAGAGGAAUACCCAAGCUGGAUAAAAAUACCUCAAAAUCUCCAAGUUCCUCCAAAACAAGGAGAAAUAGAAGACAUCACAUCUAAAGUUUAUGAUGAUUUGUCAUUGUUUUACCCUGAUCCUGCAUACUUAAAAGAGAGAGUUGUUAUCACAGGAACAAAUGAAGUUGUGGAUUUGAUCAACUCUUAUGUUCUUUCAUUGAUACCUACUAACUUAAAGAUAUAUCUCAGCUUUAAUUCCAUUGGUAAAGAAGGUAAUACCUUCGAUGACUCUAAUGUGUUGUAUCCUUCCGAUUUUUUAAAUUUGCUUAAGUUCAAUGGAAUUCCCAAUCAUGAGCUAGAACUGAAAAUCCAUUCACCUAUUAUGUUGUUACGCAAUAUCAAUCAAAGUAGUGGAUUAUGCAACGGCACAAGAUUAUUAGUCACUAGACUUGGAGAUCGAGUUAUUAAGGCCAAUAUUAUAACUGGUAGCCACAUUGGUGCUAGAGUAUACAUUCCAAGGAUAAUAAUGUCAACAACAGAAGCAAAAUGGCCAUUUGUCAUGAAAAGAAGACACUUUCUUGUACGAUUGUGCUACGCAAUGACGAUUAACAAGAGUCAAGGCCAAACCUUAAAGAAAUUGGAUCUCUACCUUCCUAGGCCACUUUUCUCACAUGGUCAACUAUAUGUCGCUUUAUCACAAGUUAUAAAGGUGUUCGAAUCCUCAUUCGUAAAAAUGACGAAGAAGAAAAAACUGUCAUCCAUGAAUCAGAAUUAUGGAGCAUAUGCCAUUAUCGCAACUCCAAGUUGGUCAACAAGGAUGCAAAAUUAUAUGUCGUUUGAUCAGAAUUUGGGAUUCGACAAACCCAACAAUGCAAAACGAGCUUAUCUUCGCCUCCAAUAUGAAGAAGAACACAGGAAUGUCUACAUCAUUCAUGACCACCAACUUCAUUUACCUUCCAAGGAAUACCAAGAAAUAGACAAAGUGACGAAAAACAUCAUUAUGCUCCAAAUAUCAAUCCUUACAAAUCCCAAAGGAGAAAAGAAACCAAAUUUCUACCUAUCAGAGAUUAAAGAAAUUUAUCAAACCGUCGAGACUCUGUAUCACAAGCUUCUGCAACAAUUUCAAGACAUCAUGCAACACCAAAACAUACAGCAAGAGGCAGAACAAGAAGCUAAUACAGACACAAUGACGUAG